AUGGACGUGAUAAGUACAAAUCCAACAGGACCAACACCCAGACAACUCAGGCGAGUGGGCAAAGCACUGAGGCCGGCAAUCGCGAAAGGUCUCAAGCACAACCUCGAUCAACACCCUUAUGUUCAAUGGCCGCAAAUCUGGCAGACCUGUCGCUUUGCACAGCAGAAGCUAAAUGCCCGUGUAAACCACAAUAACCGACAGAGGAAAGCAACGCAGCACUCCCGACAGUGGGUGAUUGAUGGCGAGGACGGCGCCGCGCUGGCACGAAGCCAUGUCUGGUUGCCAAGCGAUGGCUGCCGUCAGAAACCCAAACUUGAGCGGCAAGAAGCCUUCCGAGUCCCCGAAACGGUCUACAUGUCUGACAUCGUCGAAAGCGAUGCAGACCUGUACCGUAUGGGACUCUUGUACGACGAUGAUCAUGCCCGAGGUUCCGGCUUCAACCUCAACACCAUCGUCCACUCUAACAUCGUUUACGAAGUUCGUCCGGCAAGGCGCCCACAUAAGAGUCUGUAUGCCGGUCACAACCAAGGAGAACCUGAUGAGAGAGGUUCCGUGGCCCUUGACCAAUUUGUGGCUGCAGCCUUUCAGGCUAGAUCAACGGCGGAGAACGCAGCAGAAGCAUAUUACCCUUCGCCGGCCUCCACACCGCCUCCUGUGGAAGAUGAAUUCCCGGAAGUACAGCCUCGCGAGGAUUCGCAUUUAGAGAAAGACGACGAUUGCCAGCGCGGUUGGGAUUUGCUUGAUUCGGAUCUGGACACUGUCUCUAAUUAUACCGAAGAUGGUGCAGAAGUUCCUAUCGAGGCUUGGAUUGUGCUGGGUGAGACUUGA